GAAGUGUAGCGGCGCUGUGAUUGGCUCACGUAAUACGGAUACGUCAUUACAGCAAUAGAUUAUUCGUUGAAGAUAUCGUUCAAAUCGAUGCACGCUAUUCUGAACAUAGCGGGCACAACAUCAAGUUCAGUUUCGCAGUUUGAUUUUAAAAUGUUGCUUUAUGCUUUUAUAAAGGAAAAAAAUGGCAGUAAAUUAUUAACUUCAUUAGUCCAAGGGUCCCAUAAGCAUAUCUCGACAGCAUAUUUCAAGGUCAUUGUUAAUUUCGGGAAUUUUUUGAUGAAUAGUGCCAAUCUUUUUUCAGGAUUGUAUGAUCAUAAAAAACAACAUACCUAACCUGUAAUACCCACCAAGAGGCCAGAUUAAAUCAUUUCUGGUGUUUGGGAGUUGACCAUUAACUUGUACAGAUUACAAACAGUCCUUAGUUGUAAACAGCAGCUGCUUCGACAUUGUAGAUCCUGAAGCAAAGUUCACCGGCAGGCAUCGGCUGCGGAUCUCCUCUCUGAAUUCUCUUUUCAAAUAUAUAUAUACAUAUAUAUAGAUAAAUAGAUAGAUUAUUUUAUUUUAUUUUUUUUACAUCUGCAGUCAUGGGUAGAGCAAGUUACGGAUACUAUCGGGGCACAAUAUUUUUGGCAAUGUUUGUUGGCUACACUCUUUACUACUUUAACAGAAAGACAUUCUCUUUUGUGAUGCCUUCGCUGAUGCAGGAGAUUGAACUGGACAAGGAUGAUCUCGGCAUGAUAACCAGCAGUCAGUCUUUGGCCUACGCUAUCAGUAAGUUCAUCAGUGGAGUGCUUUCAGACCAGAUCAGUGCCCGCUGGCUCUUCUCUAUUGGCUUGUUUGCGGUGGGAGGCAUCAACGUAGUCUUCUCGUGGUCAUCAACUGUGGCCGUCUUCUCUACCCUGUGGUUCCUCAACGGCUUGGGCCAGGGCCUCGGCUGGCCUCCCUGUGGCAGGGUGCUGCGCAAGUGGUUUGAGCCUUCUCAAUUUGGAACAUGGUGGGCGAUCCUGGCGUGCAGCAUGAAUCUGGCUGGCAGCCUCGGCCCUCUUAUUGCCACAGUGCUGGCCCAGAGUUACGGCUGGAGGGGCAUCCUCUGCGUGUCCGGAUUGAUCUGUGUGGCGUCAUCCUUUGUCUGCCUGUUGGUCAUCAAGAACGAACCCGAGGAUGUGGGGUUACCCGGUAUUGAAGUGGCGGCCAAGAAGAGCAAAGGAGGGUCUUCCAGCGAUGAGAGCACUCUGUCUGAGUUCCUGCUCUCACCUUACCUGUGGCUGAUUUCCGUGUCCUAUCUGGUGGUGUUUGGGGUGAAGACAGCCUGCACCGACUGGGGACAGCUGUUUCUCAUUCAGGACAAGGGACAGUCGACGCUGAUGGGGAGCUCAUACAUGAGUGCGCUGGAGUUGGGAGGUCUCGUAGGCAGCGUGGCAGCAGGUUAUUACUCUGACAAAGCUGUGGCAAAACAAGGCAUAAGAACCUACGGCAAUCCUCGCCACUUUGUCCUGAUCCUUAUGAUGGCAGGAAUGUUUGUGUCCAUGUACCUGUUUCGAGUCACGGUCACUCCGGACAGCCCGAAGGUGUGGAUACUCUUUUUGGGUGCUGCUUUCGGUUUCUCCUCCUACGGUCCAAUGGCCUUGUUUGGUGUUAUAGCCAAUGAGAGCGCUCCGUCCAACUACUGUGGGACAUCACACGCUAUCGUGUCUCUGAUGGCUAACGUUGGUGGCUUCCUCUCUGGGCUCCCAUUCAGCACCAUUGCCAAACACUAUGACUGGGAAAUGGCCUUCUGGGUUGCAGAGAUUGUCUGCGGCAUCACAGCUGUCUGCUUCUUCCUGCUGCGUAACGUUCGCACUAAGAUGGGUCACAUGUCCAAGAAAUCUGACUAAGAUGUCCUAAUUUCCCCACAAGAAGAUACAUAUGAAACCUUUGUCGUAUUAGAUUUUUUUUAUUUUAUACAAAUCACAUUAUUUUCAGCAUGUAAAAUUAAGCAAAAAAAAAUUGGAACAUGCUUGUAUCCAAAAACUGUUACACUGUCUAUGUAUCUCAUCAUUAAUUUAACAAGGGAACGAGUUAAAUGGGGUGGAUCCCCCACCCUCAAGGCAAAUAAUCAUUUCCGAGUUCCAAUGUUUCCAAGUUCUCAUUUCUAGUCCCACUCAUUUUUACAGAUAAUUUACUGCUGUUCAACUUUGGACGUUUCGUUCGAGACAUAUCUCCUCAAGCAGCCUCUCAAUGAUAUGAACCUACUCUGAAGAGUCAACCAUUUUCAAUGGUCUUAUGAGCUACCUUGCAAACAAUCGUGUCACUUGAAAUAUUAUUU